GGCGCCAUGGAGCCCCGGGCGGUGGCGGACGCCGUGGAGGCGGGCGAGCAGGACGCGGUCCUGGCGGCGCUGCGCGCGUACAACCGGGAGAACUCGCAGAGCUUCACGUUCGACGCCGCCCAGCAGGAGGACAGGAAGAGGCUGGCGGAGCUGCUGGCCUCGGUCCUGGAGCGGGGGCUGCCGCCCGCCUGCCGCGUCGCCUGGCUGCAGAGCGUGCGCAUCCUGUCCCGGGACCGCGGCUGCCUGGCCCGCUUCGCCGGCCGCCGGAGCCUGCAGGCGCUGGCCCGCCACGCCGGCCUCUCCGCGCCCGAGGGCCCGGGCCUCGAGGCCCCCGACAUGGACGUGGCGCUGGAGGCGCUCAAGUGCCUGUGCAACCUCGUGCUCAGCAGCCCCGCGGCGCAGGUGCUGGCGGCCGAGGCGCGCCUGGUGGUGCGGCUGGCCGAGCGCGUGGGCCGGAGCGGCCGGGGCGGGCUCCCGCACGACGUCCGCUUCUUCGACCUGCGCCUGCUCUUCUUGCUCACCGCGCUGCGCACCGACGUGCGGCAGCAGCUGUUCCGGGAGCUGCAGGGCGUGCCCCUGCUGACCGACGCGCUGGAGCUGACGCUGGGAGUGACCCCCAGAGAGAGCCCCCCCGAGCUCCUUCCCCCUCAGGAGACUGAGCGGGUCAUGGAGAUCCUCAAGGUGCUCUUCAACAUCACCUUUGACUCUGUCAAGAGAGAGGUGGAUGAGGAAGACGCUGCCCUUUACCGGCACCUGGGGAUCCUGCUGCGCCACUGCGUGAUGGUGGCAGCCGCCGGGGACCGCACAGAGGAGCUCCGCGGGCACACAGUGAACCUUCUGGGCAACUUGCCGCUCAACUGCCUGGACGUCCUCCUCACCCUGGAGCCACACGAAGGCUCCCUGCAGUUCUUGGGCGUGAACAUGGAUGUGAUUCAGGUUCUCCUUGGCUUCUUGGAGAAGCGUCUGGACCAGACGCACAGGCUGAAGGAGAGUGUGGCCCCCGUGCUGAGCGUGUUAACAGAGUGCGCCCGCCUGCAUCGCCCUGCCAGGAAGUUCCUGAAGGCACAGGUGCUGCCCCCGCUGCGGGAUGUGAGGACCCGGCCUGAGGUCGGGGAGCUGCUGCGCAACAAGCUCGUCCGCCUUAUGACGCACCUGGACACCGACGUGAAGCGGGUGGCCGCUGAGUUCCUGUUUGUCCUGUGCUCCGAGAGCGUGCCGCGCUUCAUCAAGUACACAGGCUACGGAAAUGCUGCUGGUCUCCUGGCCGCCCGGGGCCUCAUGGCAGGGGGCCGGCCUGAGGGCCAAUACUCGGAGGACGAGGACACGGACACAGAGGAAUACAAGGAGGCCAAGGCCAGCAUCAACCCAGUGACCGGGAGGGUGGAGGAGAAGCCACCCAACCCCAUGGAGGGCAUGACGGAGGAGCAGAAGGAGCAUGAGGCCAUGAAGCUGGUGAACAUGUUUGACAAGCUGUCCAGACACAGAGUCAUCCAGCCCAUGGGGAUGAGCCCCCGGGGUCAGCUCACAUCCCUACAGGAUGCCUUAUGCGAGAGCGUGGAGGGGCAGUUCUCGGGCCCCGACUCAGACCCCGACUGAAGACGGCUGUUCCGCUGCACCCCCUCCAGAACUGGUGCUGCUUCCGGAGGUGUCCUUGGGUCUCUCGCCAGGGAGCCACGCCCCUCCCGCUUGGAGACCCCUUCCUCCCAUGUUUUGUUAAUGACCUGCCUCUGGUCCAGUACCUGAUCUCUAGGCCUGCAAGGGCCUCGUCCUGCCAAAGCUCAGCCUUGGCGUCUGCAAGGGAAGCGGACCCUGCCCAGAGGGGCUGAGCAGGCUGGGGGCCUGCGGGGCUGCCUGUGAUGUCAGAAACCCACCUCCACAUUUGCUUUGCGGUCCGUUCCUACCAAGUGCAGGCUGGGGGCCCCUUCUGCACGCCCAUCCUGGCUUAGCCGCUGGCCACUGCAUCCCCAGCCCCAGGGUCCCGCCAGGUGGGACUGUUGAACCUCAGUCUCCAUGCUGGCUUAGACCAUCGGCGUGUAAAUGGAAAAGUCCCUCGUGAGCCCAUUCAUCUCUGUCUUGUGUCACAGAAACGCCAGCCGGAAUAAAGAGACUUGAGCAAGAGUGUGUGAGCCCAAGCGUGAGUCAUCCGGGCGCGAGCAGAGUUAGGAGUUGACUCCAUUCUGCUCCGCACCAGCACAUCUCGCGUUAUUCUUGAUAAAUGAGGCCACCAG